AUGUUGAAAGCGACCGUGCGUUUAAUAUAUCCACUCAUUUAUUUAUUACUUACGACUUCAAUAGCAAAAAAACAAGAUUUAGUACGUUACAAGCAAUCCUCAUGUCGACAUGAAGAAAAUUCAAAACUAAAUUUUAUUUCCAAUUACCCAAAUCCUAGUAUUACGAACUUCAUGUUUAUUAUUUUACCGAGUUGUUGUCAACCAUUAGGACUAUGUUGGACGCAGGCACCAACCUACUCAGGCAUAGUUGUUUUUACGUAUCUUUAUUAUCGUUGCGGGAGCAGGUAUUCAGUGCAUAUCUGA